UGGAUAAUAUCUUCUAUGGAUGCAAAAUUCAUGAACAGCCUCUAUCCUUAUCAGUUUUUUCAGCUUACCUAUGGACCCUUCCAUCCUACCCUGAGCGAUCGUGAACAAUUUCCUUUUCUGUAUCAAAUGGCCCCUGAGGACACAUCUCUACCCAUGGCCAUGGUCUCCCUCAUACUUCAUUUCAGCUGGAACUGGGUUGGGCUGACCAUCUCAGACAAUGAUCAGGGUAUCCAGUUUUUCUCAUAUUUGAGAACAGAGAUGGAAAAAAAUAUACUCUGCUUUGCCUUUGUGAACAUGAUUCCGCUCAACAUUCAAUUGUACAAGUUAAGAGCUGAAGUGUAUUAUAACCAAAUCUUGACAUCGUCGUCAAAUGUUGUUAUCAUUUAUGGUGAGACAGAUAGUCUUCUAAGUGCCAGCUUUAGAAGGUGGACAUCCCGAGGAAUAAAGAGAAUCUGGGUCACCACCUCACAGUUCGAUGUCACUACAAGUCAGAGUGACCCCUUGACUGAAUUGUUCCAUGGGACUCUAGCAUUUGCACACCACCAUGCUGAGAUUUCUGGUUUUAGAAAUUUUAUUCAGACAUUGAACCCUCUCAAAUACUCAGAUGAAUACCUGGCGGGGCUGGAAUGGAUGAAUUUUAACUGUGAAGUCUCGGCUUCUCUGUGUAAGACACUGAGGAACUGCUCAUCCAACAGCUCAUUGGAAUGGCUGAUUGCACAGACAUUCGACAUGGCUUUUAGUGAUGACAGCUAUGACAUAUACAAUGCUGUGUAUACUAUGGCCCAUGCUCUCCAUGAGAGGCUUCUUCAGUCAGUGGACAAUGAGGAAGUACACCUGUCUAACUGCAUGAAGCUGUACUCCUUAAUUAGGAAGGCCCACUUCACUAAUCCAGUUGGGGACAGAGUGAACAUGAACCAGAAAGAAAAACUGCAGCCAGAGUAUGACAUUUUCCAGAUUUGGAAUUUCCCAAAUGGGCUUGGACUUAAGGUGAAGAUAGGAAUGUUUAGCCCAUAUUUCCCACAUCGUCAACAGCUCCAUUUAUAUGAAGACGCUAUAGAGUGGGCCACUGGAAGGAGACAGAUGCCACCCUCUGUGUGCAGUGCUGAUUGUGGUCCUGGAUUCAGAAAGUUCAGGCAGGAGGGAAUGGCAGCCUGCUGUUUUGAAUGCAGUCCCUGCCCAGAAAAUGAAAUUUCUAAUGACACAAAUGUGGAUCAGUGUGUAAAGUGUCCAGAGGACCAGUAUGCCAAUGCAGAACAUAUCCAUUGCAUUGACAAAACUGUGAGCUCUCUGACCUAUGAAGACCCCUUGGGGAUGGCUCUGACCUUAAUGGCCUUGUGCUUCACUGCGUUCACAUCUGUGGUUCUUGGAAUCUUCAUAAAGCACCAUGACACUCCACUUGUGAAGGCCAAUAACCGGAAUCUCAGCUACACCUUGCUCGUCUCACUCAUCUUUUGUUUCCUGUGUCCCUUGCUCUUUAUUGGUCAUCCCAAUGCAGCUAAGUGCAUCCUGCAGCAAAUCACAUUUGGAGUGGUAUUCAGUGUGGCUGUUUCUACUGUGUUGGCCAAAACAGUGACUGUGCUUCUGGCUUUCAAAGUCACAACCCCUGGAAGAAGGAUGAGGUUCUACCUGAUUCCAAGGGCAUCCAAUUUCAUCAUUGUCAUCUGUACCCUCAUCCAAAUCAUUCUCUGUGCAAUUUGGCUGGGAGUUUCUCCUCCAUUUAUUGAAAUUGAUGCCAAGAGUGAACACAGCCACAUCAUCAUUGUAUGUAGCAAGGGCUCAAUGAUUGCAUUUCAUUGUGUCCUGGGAUACCAUGGUACCCUUGCAUUAGGGAGCUUCAUUGUGGCUUUCCUGGCCAGGAAUCUCCCUGACACAUUCAAUGAAGCCAAGUUGCUGACAUUCAGCAUGCUGGUAUUCUUUAGUGUCUGGGUUUCCUUUCUUCCUGCCUACCAUAGCACCAAGGGCAAGGUCAUGGUGGCUGUGGAGGUCUUCUCCAUCUUGGCCUCCAGUGCAGGCUUGCUGGGGUGUAUCUUUAUCCCCAAGUGCUAUAUAAUUUUGUUAAGACCAGAAAGAAAUUCUCUUAAAAAGUUAAGGGAGAAAGCAUCUUCCUGA